CGGCUCUGGGCUUCCUGGCUCUAGAGGAGGGGGUCGCGACGAGGGAUCAACACGUUCCCAGGAAUUUGUUGGCUGGUUCUAGAAUCGAGCUUUGAGGGAGACAACCUGAGCUGUAGCCUCUGCCAGUGUGGGAAUGGACAGAUUGGGUUCCUUCAGUAAUGAUCCUUUUGAUAAGCCUCCCUGCCGGGGCUGCUCUUCCUAUCUCAUGGAGCCCUAUAUCAAAUGUGCUGAAUGUGGACCUCCUCCAUUCCUCCUCUGCUUGCAGUGCUUCACCCGAGGAUUUGAGUACAAGAAGCAUCAAAGUGAUCACACUUAUGAAAUAAUGACCUCAGACUUCCCUGUCCUUGAUCCCAGUUGGACUGCUCAAGAGGAAAUGGCCCUUCUGGAAGCUGUGAUGGACUGUGGCUUUGGAAACUGGCAGGAUGUGGCCAAUCAGAUGUGUACCAAGACCAAGGAAGAAUGUGAGAAACACUACAUGAAACAUUUCAUCAACAACCCACUUUUUGCUUCUACCCUGCUCAACCUCAAGCAAGCAGAGGAGGCGAAAACUGCCGACACAGCCAUUCCAUUCCAGUCUACAGAUGAUCCUCCAAGGCCUGCCUUUGAUUCGCUGCUUUCCCGGGACAUGGCAGGGUACAUGCCAGCCCGAGCAGACUUCAUUGAGGAGUUUGACAAUUACGCAGAAUGGGACUUGAGAGACAUUGAUUUUGUCGAGGAUGACUCAGACAUUUUACACGCCCUGAAGAUCGCUGUGGUAGAUAUCUAUCACUCCAGGUUAAAGGAGAGGCAGAGGCGGAAAAAGAUCAUACGAGACCAUGGCUUAAUCAACCUUAAAAAAUUUCAGUUAAUGGAGCGGCGUUAUCCCAAAGAGGUCCAAGAUCUUUAUGAGACAAUGCGGCGGUUCGCAAGGAUCGUGGGACCAGUUGAGCAUGACAAAUUCAUUGAAAGCUAUGCAUUAGAAUUUGAGCUUCGAAGGGAAAUCAAGCGGCUUCAGGAGUAUAGGACAGCUGGGAUCACCAAUUUUUGUAGUGCCAGAGCCUAUGAUCACCUCAAGAAGACCCGGGAGGAGGAACGCCUGAAACGCACCAUGUUGUCGGAGGUCCUUCAGUACAUCCAGGACAGCAGCGCCUGCCAACAGUGGCUCCGUCGACAAGCUGACAUUGAUUCAGGCUUGAGUCCUUCGGUUCCAGUGGCUUCAAAUUCAGGUAGACGGAGUGCACCUCCCUUGAAUCUCACUGGCCUCCCGGGUACCGAGAAGCUAAAUGAGAAGGAAAAAGAGCUCUGUCAGAUGGUGAGGUUGGUCCCUGGAGCCUAUUUAGAAUACAAAUCAGCUCUAGUGAACGAGUGCAACAAACAGGGGAGCUUGAGACUGGCACAGGCUAGAGCUCUCAUCAAGAUAGACGUGAACAAGACCCGGAAAAUCUAUGACUUCCUCAUUCGAGAAGGGUACAUCACCAAAGCUUGAGGCCUGGAGGGCCUGGGACCAGAACUCAGAUGCUUGGAAUAUGGUUGAUGGAAGGACAAGCGGGUGAAUUCCAGCGAGUUUUGUUUGGGGAUGCGGGCAUUUUGUCAGUUUUGUAUCAAAGUGUCUACUUUCUCUCCCCUACCCUGCUUUAGAAGGCUCCCAUCGUCAUCAUCAGUGUUGUGCUACAGAUUUGUGUGCCAGCCAAGCUGUUACUUAACGUGAGUGGGCAUCCAUCCCUCAUGCCUGUUGGUGACUAAAAUGAGAAUCAUAGGACCUUGCAUCUCAGUGCUGGUCAAAAUAGCACCAAACCAUGGGGCCAUGGGCCCAGUGACCCAGCUUGUUUGCCUGGUAGCUGAGAUACAGGCUUUUUGAAUACCUUACAGUCAGAGAGGGUAAUGUUUUGAAGACAAGGAAAUGUUUUUAGAGAUCAGGAAGAAGCUUGGCCCACCUAAGUUUCUUUUUUUAAGCUAACAACUGGAAGCUCCUUUGAUCCUGGUGAGAGAGGGGCUGUCAGUCUCCCCGUGUUGUCUUGCCUCCAACUGUGUCUUCCAAUUGACUGGGUUUAGCUUGGAACUUACUGCAGUCCAGCUAGCUCACCGAUCAGUCUGUGGUAGAGUGUGGCGCCCACUGGAUGGAAACUGUCUCUGUUAUUUUUAGAACUAAUAGAUUAAAAUGUUUUGCUAUUUAAUUUGUGGGUGUG